CUCGGCCCCGGCGGACGGCGGGACGCGGCGGCGGCGGCGGCGGCGGCGGCGGCUCCGGCGACAUGUGCGGCCAGCGGGGAGGCAUCUGGCUGGCUCUGGCCGCGGCGCUGCUGCACGUGUCCCUGCAAGGCGAGUUCCAGAGGAGGCUGUACAAGGAGCUGGUCAAGAACUACAACCCGCUGGAGAGGCCGGUGGCCAACGACUCGCAGCCGCUCACCGUGUACUUCUCCCUGAGCCUCCUGCAGAUCAUGGAUGUGGAUGAGAAGAACCAAGUUUUAACCACCAACAUUUGGCUACAAAUGUCUUGGACAGAUCACUAUUUGCAGUGGAACAUGUCUGAGUACCCCGGAGUGAAAAAUGUUCGUUUUCCAGAUGGCCAGAUAUGGAAACCAGACAUUCUCCUCUAUAACAGUGCAGAUGAACGCUUUGAUGCCACAUUCCACACCAACGUCUUGGUGAAUGCAUCUGGGCAUUGCCAGUAUCUCCCUCCAGGCAUAUUCAAGAGCUCCUGCUACAUCGAUGUACGCUGGUUCCCUUUUGAUGUGCAGCAGUGCAAACUGAAGUUUGGGUCCUGGUCCUAUGGAGGGUGGUCCUUGGACCUGCAGAUGCAAGAGGCAGAUAUCAGCAGCUAUAUCCCCAAUGGAGAAUGGGAUCUCAUGGGAAUCCCUGGCAAAAGGAAUGAGAAGUUCUAUGAAUGCUGCAAAGAGCCAUACCCAGAUGUCACCUACACAGUAACCAUGCGCCGUAGGACACUCUACUAUGGCCUCAACCUGCUCAUCCCUUGUGUGCUCAUUUCAGCCCUGGCUUUGCUGGUAUUCUUGCUGCCUGCAGACUCUGGAGAGAAAAUCUCUCUUGGAAUAACUGUCUUACUUUCUCUGACUGUCUUCAUGCUGCUUGUGGCUGAGAUCAUGCCAGCAACAUCUGAUUCCGUGCCCUUGAUAGCACAGUACUUCGCCAGCACCAUGAUCAUCGUGGGCCUCUCUGUGGUGGUGACAGUGAUUGUGCUGCGAUAUCACCACCAUGACCCUGAUGGUGGCAAAAUGCCUAAGUGGACCAGGAUCAUUCUUCUGAAUUGGUGUGCAUGGUUUCUGCGCAUGAAGAGGCCGGGAGAGGACAAGGUACGGCCGGCUUGUCAGCACAAGCCUCGGCGCUGCAGCCUGGCCAGUGUGGAGCUGAGUGCAGGUGCUGGGCCCCCCACCAGCAAUGGCAACCUGCUCUACAUUGGCUUCCGAGGCCUGGAGGGCAUGCACUGUGCCCCAACUCCAGACUCUGGGGUCGUGUGUGGUCGUUUGGCCUGCUCCCCAACACAUGAUGAGCACCUCAUGCACGGUACGCACCCCUCUGAUGGGGACCCCGACCUGGCCAAGAUCCUGGAGGAGGUCCGCUACAUCGCCAACCGCUUCCGCUGCCAGGAUGAGAGUGAGGUGAUCUGCAGUGAGUGGAAGUUUGCGGCCUGUGUGGUGGACCGCUUGUGCCUCAUGGCCUUUUCGGUUUUUACCAUCAUCUGCACCAUCGGCAUCCUCAUGUCAGCCCCAAACUUUGUGGAGGCUGUGUCCAAAGACUUUGCUUAAUGUUAUCAUGUAGGAAAUACACAGAUAAGAAGAGAAUCUGGAGGACGAGAAUUGGGGUCCUAACUCAAUAUUGUAAUAAAUGGAAGAACUCCGAGGUAUCCCUGUAGCUGUCGGUCUUGAGAUUUAUUUCCCUGGUUACUUUAACUAAAAAGAUCCCAGCAGCUUCUGUUUACUUUUCUUACACCCAUCACUGUCAUAUCAUUGUACUCGGCAGGGGCACCAUGUGGUCAUUUGCCCACUCUGGAUAGCCCUACAGGGUAGAUCUUAAUGGCUCUAGUAGCCCAGUAGAGAGGCCUGUCCAGUUGGUGUCACAUGCCUGUAUGCCCCUUGUCAUGGGCUCACCUGAGAAUAGGCUGUCUGCCUUUGCCAUGCACAGACCCAGUCUGAAACCAAUCCAGAGCACUUCUCACUGGAUCCAUUUCAACAGCUGCCUUGCAAAAGGAAGUCAAAUUCAAAUACAAACUACAAACCUCUCUGCUACUUACUUUCUCUGUGAUUUAACUUACAUCUGUCUAUCUAUCUAUCUAUCUAUCUAUCUAUCUAUCUAUCUAUCUUUGUCUUUACCAAUGUCAACUUUAUACCAGGGAGAAAGUUGGCCUUCUAAAUGAUGUUUUGCAGGCUAAUUCCUGUAGAUGUGUCCUAACAAUUAAAUUAUCACACAGGUUGUGUCAGUUCAAAACUAGGACUCACCCUAGCCAAAAGGAUUUUGAGGCUUUGGACCCUGUAGAUGUUAGAUGACCUCCAAGCUUCAUGCUGCUUCCUUGUCCUGAGAAGUUAAAUGAAUUUGUUUGUACAAAACCUGAAAGGCAAAUAGAGUUCUGAGUGUUAACUAAGGAGUAGCUGGAGCUUAUCUGAACUUUGUGUGUGUGUGUGUGUGUGUGUGUGUGUGUGUGUGUGUGUGUUGAAAAUAGAAGCGUGUUUGUUGCUCUGCAUGUCAGACUCCACAAGUCUUAGAAGUUUGUGCAUUAGUACUGCUGCGCACCAAGUGGAAAUACCCUUUAGGGAAGCAGUUUAGUCCCCUCUGGGCUCCUGUGUGACAGGAGCUAUGGAAAAAUGAUGUUGCUGAUCACUCAUCUAGAUACAAAGCUGGUUGUCUCAGGAUUUGGCUUCUGAGGAUCUGCCUUCCUGUGGUUUCAGAUACAAAGCUCACUUGGGGUCAGUGCAUGGAUUCACUGGAGAUGGGGUAGGGGUUUGUAUGUUUUUGUUUUUUUUCCUUCUUCUGAGCUAGGGUCCCUCUGGCUGUAUAGCUCAUACCAAUCUGUUUGCACUUCGCAUCUUUAUUUGUUAAUGAGCUGAGAGUAUUUUUCCCCAAGAAAAGCUUUUCCUGUUUGAUAGUGUUGUUGAACUUCUAGGGGAUUUAAACUACACGACACUUCUGAAGCUCCCAGAAAUUUUAAGCCUCUGACUCCAGAAAUGAAAUCAUGAGAGAAGGUUAGAUUUCUCAGAAUAACAAAAUCAAACCAAACAAAAAUUCACAUUUUCCCAGCCAUUAAUUUCACUAUAGGAAGAUGAAGGCUUGGUGGUACCCUGUGUGUAUGUGGGCAUGUGCAUGUAUGCACUCUGUGUGCGCGUGUGUGUGUGUGUGUGUGUGUGUGUGUGUGUGUGUGUGUGUUUGGCUGAAGAGAGGAGAUAGUAUAGAGUGACAUGAAUAAAUCUGGAGACUGUUGAUUUUAGCACCCACCAUCUGGAGCAGGGUUAUUCCCAGCAUGCAUCUGUUGCAUACAUUAUCAACAAAUGAUAUAAAAUAUUUUGCUGGUAUUAUGCUUUUUGAUUAAAGUAACUAGAAACAAAUAGAUAUGUUUUGAUACCUAAAGACCAGGCUUUGUGUCUUACUGUUAAAAACUGAACCCUAGCCAUUGCUUUGACUAUCUGAGUAAUUAGUGUCAUUAUAAAAGUAAUGAUAAAGAAUAGCUGUGCUCAUAGUUAGGUGUAUAUGGUUCAAAAUAGUCUCUCCUUGCUUCCGUUUCCUCCUAGGGACAGUUUUAGAGGAAAAGAAAGGAAAGGUGGGAACAGAGAGAGGGAGGAGAACAUGGAGAGAUUUUGUUGUUGCUUUCCUAGAAGUCAUGUUUGAAAGGUGCUAGGCGCCUAGUCUUUUGUCCUAGAGAGCUUUCCAUAAUGGUCUAAAGGUCUACCUCAUUCUUCUUAAUAUUUGCUUAGAGUUCCCCUCCAUUGGUGGUUUAUAAUCUAUUGGAUCAGCCUUUUAGUGAUGAACACAUAGCUGGCUGCAACAUUUCCAAGUUUUAUUUUUAUACACAAGUCUAUAGUUAGCAUUUUGGUGCAUAAUUUGCCAAAGUUUCUGUGUAUAAAUUCCAGUUUAGAAAUGGAACUAUUGGAUCUAAGACUAUGUGAGACUUUAGAUAAGUGCAUUGAGAUGGUCCUCCAUGAACCGGUCAGUGGAUGCCCCUAUCCAAAGUUAAAGGAUCAGAUUCUCAGCUUUAUGCUGUUAAAUGUUUUCAAAUUUAAUUUUCUCUUCCCAGUCUGACAGGUAAAAAUGAUGAGGCAAAACCAUUCUGAUUUUAGUUCAUUUAACCAUGAGCAA